AUGUCCGGACCUAAGGCCGCCCCAGGAGUUGUCGAGUACACUCCUCCCAAUAUAUUUCGAGGUUUCUUCCACAUCGAUGGGUCAAUCUACCAUUUCAUCGCUCCGACAUCAAUCACUUCGCACCCGUUCAAGGCCAGCGAAGCCACGCUGACUUACGUCGAAUUGCCGAGUGGUACGCACUCGUAUAGCGGAACGUUCGGGGACAGCGUCAACAUAGCCAGCAACGACGGGAAUACCAUCAGUGGGAAGAUUGAUCCGCCUGGCGCAGUGGAUCCCCCGGUCUCUGUCCAAGCCUCUCUUACUUGGCAAUGAGGCCAAGGCUCGGAGAGCUGAUUUUGUGCAGUGAGCUGUCAUCGGGAGGAUGAUAUCAUUCGCGCCAUGACCAGCAAAUAAGCGAAAUGGCCUGAGUAUGUAUUUGUAUUCCCCAGCGCCCGGUUGUAUCAAUGUAUUGUCCAUGUAUCGUUGACACCCCAUUGCGUGACAACCAUAUGG